CGCGAGAAGAUUACUUCCGGUUGACGCCUCCAGCUUCUACCGUCUACGCUAACCAGUCUACUUUCGGAACCAUGGUCUACUCGCCCAGCACGUACCUCAUCUCCGCUGUCGUGGCCGCCGUGGCGCUGCAGAUGCAGCAGACGGCCGCUACGUCGCUGUACUACACCCCGUUCACCGUGUCGGACACCACGAACGAGAUCACGGACAAGUUCCCUGCGUACGGCGCCGAUGUGGCCGACCAGGACUGCAUCAUCAAGGUCGAGGUUGACCCGACGCUGCCCAACAUCACCACCAUCUCGCCCGUGCCCGUUACGUACCCGGAUCUGCUGGCCAACUUGACCACGGCCCCGGCCGACCCCGUGUACUCGAAGGUGGGCUCGGCCAUCCUGAAGGAGGACGCCCCUGCCACCGACGCGGAGCAGGACUCUUACAUCUCUGCGAACAUCCCGGACACCAACGGAAAGGUGGGCAAGCCUGGACUCAGCGACCCCAAGGACUGCGCCACUGGCUGGGACGACGCGCAGACCGCUCGCAAGCUGGAGACCAAGCGUCGUCUCGAGGCCAACGGCAACCAGGACAUUGCCAAGCUUGAGGCCUACUUCGGCACCAAGAUGGAGAUGACCCUGAAGGACCUCCCGACGGUGGGCGUGCACACGCCUUCGCCUUGGGCCGGCCCGUACUGGCCCACGUACCAGGACAGUAUCAACGUCCAGUGGAGCCAGGGCCAGCCUAGCGCCGCCGAGAAGUACGCCAAGGCUUUCGGCAAGGACGUGAAGACGUUCAUGGACGCCGUGUCGAAGAAGAACGGUAUCGAUUCGCAGAGCGGCCGCAAAAAAUGCUCGUCGGACGACGACUGCUCGACUCUUACGGACGGCAGCUCGUGCUCUAUUCGCACGGGUAAGACCUCUGGCUACUGCAUCCCGACGUGGUUCGGCAUCUGCCACGCUUGGUCGCCGGCUGCCAUCCUAGAGACUGAGCCAAAGUGUCCCGUGAAGCACAACGGUGUGACUUUCCAGCCUAUGGACCUGAAGGCCCUUGUCUCCCUCGUCUACGACGGCGCUCGUGUGCAGACUGUGUUCACGGGUGCGCGCUUCAACGGCGGCACUGACACUACUGAUGAAUACGGCCGUCAUUCGAACAACGCCUACCGUGACCUGAACCCGGCUUACUUCCACAUCGCUUCGGCCAACAUCCUGGGCAAGCUCAACUCGACGUUCGUCGCGGACGUGACGGCCGGCGCUGAGGUCUGGAACCAGCCCGUGCGUGGUUUCAAGGUGUACGAGCAGACGGAGAUGACUCUGGAGGAGGGUGCUCAGACCUUCUACGGCCUUGAGGCGUACCCGUGGAACGCUGCCGCCAAGAGCCUCGUGUACGUCAAGUCCCGCCUUUCGUGGAUCUACGAGACGUACACGGACGGUGGCCUCGUGUCGUCGGGCCAGAUCGACAAGUUCACCACCGGCCAGUACUACUACUACCUGCUGGAACUGGACGACGCUGGCGAGAUCAUUGGCGGCGAGUGGGUGUACGGCUCGGACGACGACCACCCGGAUUUCCUGUGGCUGCCGAAGGCCAAGCCUGCCGCGAACACGGUGACGAGCGUCGGACUGAGCUAUGCUGACGUGAGCAUGCUGUUGAAGAAAUCGGCAGCGUGCACUGCCUAAUUGGGCUGCGAGUUCAACAAGUCGUGCUAGUUUAGCUGUUUUCCUCGACUUGACAAAAUAAAGAAAACCCGGGUUGUUUGUGAAUAC